AUGCAUCCCCUACUGCUUCAAUUGUUGUUUCCUUUGCUUUUGAUCACUUCCUUUCUUUCGGUCAAAGUUGAGUUAAGUCUAGGCCAGGACAAUGAACAAUACGCAGACUGCGGUGAAGAUAUUAACUGCGGUGGCGUUGGAGGCAUCGGGUACCCCUUCUGGGGAGUAAACCGGGCUAAUUACUGUGGUCCGCCAGGGUUGGAGGUCAAAUGCUUUGACAAUACCCCCAUGAUCAACAUGUCAAAUAUCAACUACAGAAUUCUUAAAAUGAACUCUAUUGCUUCGUCUGUUACAGUUGCUAGGCAGGACUAUUGGGAAACUAUCUGUCCUCUUACUUAUGUCAACACCAACAUCAACUUCUCGCUAUUUAGUUAUACUUCUGAGGUUACAAACCAGACCUUCUACUACGGGUGCAAUACAAGUGUCCCAGGGCUUACUUCUAGUUCCCAAGUUUGCAGUACGAACAAUGGUAACAUCACUGUUUCGUAUGCCACACAAAGUCCCCCAAGUGAUCCAGUUGCUAAUGGCGCCUGUAAAAAUGGGGUCAUUGUUCCGGUUUUUAGAACAGCUGUUGUGGCUCUAGAGGCCAAUCGAAUGACUCUUGGCGAAGCAGUAGAUGGGGGAUCUGAAUUGGACUUGGAGAUUGAUGAUGAUCAAUGUAACCGUUGUGUGGAAUCAGGAGGGAAGUGUGGGCUUAACACUACUAAUGGUGGAUUCAGUUGCUUUUGCCAUGAUCAGGCCCAUGCAACCAUAUGUAAUACAACUUCACUCGGACGACAAG